GAGUGCCGGAAGGAGGAGAAAAGGCCGCAGACUGGGGUCGCUCUCCACCCACAUCCCGGUCCCGAAGGGGUGGAAGCAAAAGGACCUUUACAAUCUGGGCUUAAUUUUACACCUGAGGAGAUAAACCCACGCGAGUUAAUUGGCCAAAUGUCGUACAGCUGGUCAGUGCGAGAAUCAUCAGUGUUAGUAAUUAACUCCACCUUGGAUUAACGCCCUAGUUUCCUUAGAAGAACCAGAUGAUUUUAAUCAAAAUUUAAUAUCGAAAAAUGUUCUCUAAAACUAGUCUCUUAAGUCCCUUUUUAUUUACUCUCUUUCCUCAGCAGCAGCCCUGUUAAGCUAUCCUGAAGAUACUGGUUCUGCAUCAGUUCCAUUUUACUAAUGAGAGGUUAAAUAAAUUGCCAAAGUUCUGACAGCUCCAAGUGGGAGAGCCCAGGUGUAAACUGAGGUCUACUGACUCCUCGAAGGAAUUUUUUGAUUAAGAAAAUGCAUGGGAAAAAAUACUGGCACAUGUUCUUUCAGUGGGAAAAAUGGCGAAGAUGAUCAGUUUCAUCCUUCUCACCACUCUUCUGGUAAUGGGCAGGGAAAGCUGGGCUCUCGAGAACUGCCUGCAGGAGCAGACGCGGCUCAGAGCCCAGGUGCACCUGCUUGAGACCCGGGUCAAGCAGCAGCGGGUCAAGAUCGCGCAGCUUUUGCACGAGAAGGAAGUCCAGCUCCUUGAUGAAGGAGAGGAGAAUAGCGUCAUUGACCUUGGAGGCAAGAGGCAAUACGCAGAUUGUUCAGAGAUUUUCAAUGAUGGGUAUAAGCAGAGUGGAUUUUACCAAAUCAAACCUCUCCAGAGCCCAGCAGAAUUCUCUGUUUAUUGUGACAUGUCUGAUGGAGGAGGAUGGACUGUAAUUCAGAGACGAUCUGAUGGCAGUGAGAACUUUAACAGAGACUGGAAUGACUAUGAAAAUGGCUUUGGAAAUUUUGUCCAAAAAAAUGGUGAAUAUUGGCUGGGUAAUAGAAAUCUUCACUUAUUGACUACACAAGGAGACUACACAUUAAAAAUCAACCUUGCAGAUUUUGAAAAAAAUAGCCGUUAUGCACAAUACAGAAAUUUCAAAGUUGGAGAUGAAAAGAAUUCCUAUGAUUUGCAUAUUGGGGAAUAUUCUGGAACAGCUGGAGACUCCCUUGCAGGGAAUUUUCAUCCUGAAGUGCAAUGGUGGGCCAGUCACAAAAGAAUGAAAUUCAGCACAUGGGACAGAGAUAACGACAACUACGAAGGGAACUGUGCAAAAGAAGAUCAGUCUGGCUGGUGGUUUAACAGGUGUCACUCUGCAAACCUGAAUGGUUUAUAUCACAUGGGCCCCUACACGGCUAAAACGGACAAUGGGAUAGUCUGGCACACCUGGCAUGGAUGGUGGUAUUCCUUGAAAUCUGUGGUUAUGAAAAUUAGGCCAAAUGAUUUUAUUCCAAAUAUUGUUUAAUUAUCCCUGCUGAGCUUUCAUUUCUGCAGUUCAUCUUGGUUUAAGUGAUUUGGAAAAUAGCAAAUCUAAACAUUCACAUGUAUAAUGAUGGCAAUUGUUAUGUGCACUGCUUUUCAUUCUUACUUGCCUUUAUUAAUUAAUGUACUUUCAGUACAGCAAAUAAGUGAUAUUCACCAAAUAAAUGUAGAUUAUGUUACUA